AUGGCCAGCCUUUUACCUAAUUGGGGAUUCCACAGUACUGUCCAUGCAACUUAUGCACCAAAGCAAGUUGAUUUGCCAUUGAAAGGUGCAGCUUCUCAGGAUGGCACCGCAAAGAUAUCGUUGUCUAAAUUCGUGAAGAACUUCGUGCCUGCCGUUGCAGAUAACAGCAAAUUUACACUUAAGCCAUAUCUUUUCAACGGUGUGUUGCAAACAUUGUAUGUUCCUUAUCAUGAUCUGUCGAAGGAGUAUGCUGUAUAUUAUGCCAGAGACAUUGUUGACGUGACAGAAGAGGAUGCAAAGCAGUUUAAGAAUAUGCCAACGGGCCAGUUUACCGUUGAUUAUGUUGUUGAACCGAAGGAGAAGACACCAGAGGAGUUUAAGCAGAGAUAUGCAGAAACCUUGCCGGAGGGAUACCCAAGAUUGCAUCCCCGGUGUAGAUACUACACCAAGGAGGAGAUGUCAGAGCUGUACAAGGCAUGGGAUAGUGAUGACAAGCCAAUCAUUAUCAUUUCACCCGGUCUUGCCGGCGGAAUAAACGAGCCCCAAAUAAGAGCCGUGUGUGAAGCAUUGUUCAAGAAAGGGUUCAAAAUUCUUGUUUUGAACAGCAGGGGGUGCUGCAGAUCCAAGACAGUAACACCACAUCUAUUUUCCGGAUUGCAUACUGACGAUAUGAGAAUGCUGAUCAGGUUUUUGCAUCGGAAAUUCCCGCAAAAGCAGAUUCACCUUGCUGGAUUCUCCUUUGGCGGCGUUAUCAUUGCAAACUAUCUAGCACAGGAAGCAGAAAACUCGAUUGUUUCAUCUGCAAUCAGUGUCAGCUCUCCUUGGAAUCUUCUCAACUCAUGUGGAGCCCUCAACUCAACAUGGGUCGGCAGGCACGUGUUCCAGCCUUCAAUUCUCUUCUUUUUGAACAAUUUGAUAAAGAACAACAUGGCCACAUUGAAGCAGGUGCCAGAAUUGUUCGAUGAGGAGGAAUUUCACAGAAUUAAGAAGACUUUUAAGACAACGGAAGAUUUCGAUAACAGAUACACAGCAAUUCUUGCAGGUUUCCCAUCCGGUGCCACAUAUUACAUGGCUUCUUCACCUCUGAUGAGGAUUUUCAAGAUUAAGACUCCUAUGCUUAUCAUCAACUCCAAGGAUGAUCCAAUUAUCUCAACUGAUUAUCCAUACCAUGAGGUGGAAAAGAACCCUUACUUGUACAUGGCAACAAGCGAUCUUGGUGGUCAUUAUUCGUUUGUUGAUUCCAAGGGAAAGUUCUGGUAUGCUGAUGUUGUCAGGGACUUUGUUGAUGCAUUUUAUAAAAACAUUGAUGGUGAUAGAAGGCCGGAUGACUUUGGUUUCAACGUGCACCAGCGUUACUUCAAAGAUACCAUAGAUCUAUAUUGA